AUGUCUGCCCACAAAUCCUUGGAAGCAGUCCAACUCCAGGCCAGGUCGUUGAUCAAACUCCCAUUUGCCAACAUCAACUUCACUUUGAGUGGCACGGCUGUUGCAGGCUUGCUAGGUGGAGACGAAGCCUCGUCCACAGUGGCUUUGACCCAAAUUUAUGCCAGAAGAAGAUGGCUGGGCUGGUACAACUCACCAGGCUCAUAUGUCACUGGCAAACGUUUUCGCCGCUUGAUUCGCUCAGCGAAGGUGGAUGCUGUAUUUGACAGUGACCCUAAAUCAGGUGCCACGUCUGGGGGCGAAACCAUACACAUCGAUCCCCGCGCGUUGUUCGAGCACGAAGGCUGGUCCGAAGGACCUGCAUUCAAAGGGAUCUACUCUGGUACUUCUAUCCAAAAUACAGGGCCUUUAGCCUCUUGGCUUAUGAAGAAGGUUGACAAGGCACGCUGCCAAAAAAUCGAGGGCAGGAAGACGCAACCUGUGAACAUUACCGUCACCGUGCUGGAACAGGCCAAUAGUAUUCGCCCGCAGAUGACGUUUGACCAUCACACACCUACCUUCGCCAUUAUCCCAAUUAUCGUUAGCCUGGCCACGUGCGUUAUAUGUGGCCUGUGUGGCCAAUGGCAUGCGUCCUCAAUGAUCCUCCUCGGCAUGCUCUCCAGAGGGUUUUCCUGCCUCCUUAUUGGCUCGGGGGAUUUAAUUUUUGAUCACCCCAAACCUGCGGAAGGCUCCCCUCCUGGUAACGGGAUCCUGAGCUCUGACCAUGAACUGGUUCUUUUGAAAGGGGACGAGUAUGUCGUCAAUGCCGUCACACGCGGAAGAUUUUUCUUCUGCUUCCGGUCGAAGCAUGAUUUCCGCAUGGUCAAACUAUGUUCCUUCUUUCUCAUUACCCAAGCUAUCGUGCAGUUGAUCUGCGUCCCCCAGAGCGAAUUCUUCGGCCAAUUGAUGUUUGUUGUUUCUGUCGCCACAUCUUGGGUUUACAACUUCUGGUUCUCCUCCGUUGACAAGGCAGAGGUUGAAGGAGCUAUCUUUAAAGAUGUUCUUGGUGACCCUUGUCUCACUAAGCUCGCCUUCCCCAACCGUGUCAGUGCGGUAGUAUUCCUGCUUCUCGUCUCGAAUGACUUCAGACUCUCCAGUGAUCCCGAACCCUCCGGUGAUCCCAAACCCUCUAGUGAUCCUGAACCCUCCGGUGAUUCCAAACCCUCUAGUGAUCCCGAACCUCCCAGCGACCACAGACCUUCUGGCGAUCCGAAGCCCUCCAGCAAUUCCAGACCCUCCAGUGAUCCCGGAAUAUUGAAAGAGAUCAUGGAUAGUUUUCUGCCAUCAGGCUCUCAAGUGUGGGAGAUAUGGAAACAGACUAUUAUCAAACGACUAGAGAGCAGGAAAGCACUCCGUUUUAACAAGACCGACUGGAACUGCAAAAUAUUGACUUCAAAAGACCAGAGGUUGUUGGAAACCCUGUUUGGGGACGCCGAAGAUGCAGAGAAGGCUUAUGCCAUUUUCGUGAGCAGCGCAGCGGCGACGGUCCCCUAA